CAUUUGAAACUCGACAAAGUCGUUGGCCGGUUGUGGUACGCGCCUCUCAGUAGGCAUUAUUUCAUUUAUUUUAAUGUUGUCAUUUGCCUGACACUUUUAUUUUGUGGCGGCUGAGCGUUAAAACAACAAUGGGAGAAGAGUCGGCUGUUAAAGUGUGUGUUCGAGUCCGCCCGCUUAUUGCGAGGGAGGAAAGUGUCCCAUCAGAGGAUGCUGAGCCUGUCCAGCUGUUUUGGAAAACUGAUAAGAAAUCAGUUCAUCAGAUUGAUGAUGGGAAUACCACCAAGAGCUUUAGUUUUGAUCGAGUGUUCGCUGCUGAAGAAACAACCAAUCAUCUGUACCAGGACAUUGCAAAGCCUUUGGUUGUCUCCACUGUUGAGGGAUACAAUGGAACCAUAUUCGCUUAUGGGCAGACUUCUUCUGGAAAGACUUUCACCAUGAUGGGGAGUGACCAUAUUCCUGGAGUGAUACCACUGGCUGUGGAAGAUGUCUUUCAAACCAUUAAAAAUUGUCCGAAGAAGGAGUUCCUUCUCCGUGUGUCUUACAUGGAGAUCUACAACGAGACUGUGACUGAUCUGCUUGUUGACAGCUGGAAGCGAAAACCUCUGGAAGUCCGAGAGGCAAUUCAUAAAAACAUUUAUGUGGCUGACCUGACUGAGGAACUUGUUACAUCUCCUGCACAAGCCCUGGCCUGGAUUCGGAAAGGAGAAAAGAAUCGACACUAUGGGAAAACAAAAAUGAACCAGCGGAGCAGCCGCUCACAUGCAAUUUUUAGAAUGAUUCUAGAGAGUCGAGAAAGGAGUGAGCCGGGAUCAGGGGAAAAUGCAGAUGGUGCUAUUAUUGUGUCCCAUUUGAAUUUAGUUGAUUUAGCUGGAUCUGAGAGAGCAAGUCAGACUGGAGCUGAAGGCACACGUUUCAAAGAAGGUUGCAAUAUCAACCGCAGCCUGUUCACACUGGGCCAAGUCAUCAAGAAACUGACUGACGAAAGCCAGAAGGGUUUCACUAACUACAGAGACAGUAAAUUAACCCGCAUCCUGCAAAACUCUUUGGGUGGAAACGCCAAAACAGUCAUCAUCUGUACCAUCACUCCGGCUGCUCUAGAUGAGACCCUCAGCACAUUACAGUUUGCCAGCACUGCAAAGAAAAUGAAGAACGAUCCUCAUGUGACAGAAGUGUCCGAUGACGGCGCUCUGCUCAAAAGGUACCGCAAUGAAAUUGUGGACCUGAAGCGUCGACUUCAAGAGGUUUCUUCAGUCACACAGACCACAGUCACUGAGAAGGAGGUUCUCGCCCAUCUGCUCCAAGAGAAGGAUCAGCUCCAGAGAGAACAGGAGGACAGGAUUAGAAACCUGACCAGACUCAUGGUCACCAGCUCUGACCUGGUUCCUGUUAAGAAGAUGCCUAAACGCAGAGUUACAUGGGGAGGAAAGAUGGUCAGACUGGCCCGUCCGUCGCUCUGUGGUAGUGGCUCAUCUGACCUGAGCUUUGCGGACCCUUUUACCCUGAAGAGGAAAGCUGGACACUCAUGUCUGAUGGAGAUGACGGAGGAUGACGAGGACUUUGACGUCCACUGGGACGUUCCAGAUGAGCCAUCAGAUGAAAUGGAAACCACUCAGGGCUCUGUGGCAGUUAGAAGCUUUGAGUACAGUCCCAAAGAUGCGUCUCCAGACUGGAUGAGUGACAUUUCACAGAAAGUAUCCAACCUGGAGCUCCAACUUGAAAUGGAGAGUCAACAGAAAGAGGAGGCCAUGACUAAAGUGACGGUAUUAGAGAGCAGAGUGUCAGAGCUGCAGCUGCAGCUCCAAACAGAGGCUCAGCUGAAACACGAAGCCUUGGGGAACAUGGAGACAGCAGAAAAGAGGGCAGCAGAGCAGGAGCUGCUACAACUAACCGAAGCUCAGCAGAAGCUGGAGGCCGUGGAGAAGGUGACAAUGUUGGAUUUGAGAGUGGUAGACCUCGAGAGACAGCUGGAAUCCCAGAGCCAUGCUCUGACGGAAAAUGAACAGAUGAGAAGAGAGUUUGCAGAAACCAUCCAGCUCCUUGAAACUCUAGCUUCAGAGAAGGACCUGGCCAUCACUGAGCGAGACUAUCUGAGGCAGGAGCUGGGUCUCUUCAUCGAGCGGAUUGAGCUUUUGGAGAAGGAGAAAGCUGCUCUGACACAGGAGCUGGAGGAGAAGAGGGAGACUGACGAGUUCAAAUCUCUGGAGGACGAGUUCAGGAAGGAGCACGAGAACGAGUUGAAAAACGAAAUGCUCAGCUUGAAAAAGGCCUUUGAGUCGUCUGAGGUCAAAUGCCUGGAGUUUCAGAACAAAGUAGAAACUCUGUCUGAGGAGCUAAAGAAGAAAAGUGAAUUUGCAGAGGAACUUCAGAGUAUGAGUGGUAAGGACCUUGUGCAGGAGGUGGCAAAGCUUCGUCGCUCACUGGAUGAUGCAGAGGGAGUCAGCAGAGACACAAAGAAGGAGUGGGCUUUCCUGCGCAGUCACAACAUUGCCCUUGAGGAGAUGAAUGCGACCUUCACUGCCAACCACAAAAGGAUGGAGGCAGAGGUGAACAGCCUGCAUUCUCAACUUGAAAAGGAGAAGUCACACUCCAAAAACAUGCAGAGUGACCUCCAAAAAGAGCUAAAUAUUGCCUUCAAUGAGAACACCAAGCUCACUGCUCUGCUAGAUGGGAAAGUCCCAAAAGAACUGAUAGACUCUGUGGAACUGGAGAGAACAGUGACCAGUCUGAGUAAAGAGCUUACAGCAGCUCGUCAAGAAGAGGAAGCUCUCAGAGCUCAGCUACAGGAGCUGGCUUCACUUCAGACUCUGCCACAUGAGAUGGACAACAUGGUGAAGCAGCUGGAGGAGAGUGAGCAGCAAAGAGCGUUAGUGGUAAACAGACUGAAGGAGAUGCAGCAGCUAAUGCAGGAGGAGAAGCUUGCUGACAGUGAAGUUUCCAGAAACACAGAGGAGGACAUCAGCAGAGAACUUCAGGAACAGGAGCUUCAGUGUGUUCAGGCUAAGAAAGCGACUGAGCCAAUGGCUGCGGCUCAGAGCUCUGCAGAUGAGACGGAGAAGCUGCUCUCUACUGUUGCUGCUCUCAGUGCUGAGAGGGACCAGCUCAAGAUUGAUCUGCAGGAAAACAUAGAGAUGAUGAUUGAGAAUCAGGAGGAGCUGAGGACAGCUCUGGAGAAGAUACGUGAGCUGAAGGAGUGGAUCAAACAGCUGGAGACUGCCCAAACAUCCAAACAGGAUGCUUCUCUUACUCAUGUGUGUCCACAGCUGGAGGCACUACAAAAACAAGUGGAUGACCUGCAGGCAACCCUCCAGCUGGUCAACGAGCAGAAGCACGAGCUGGAACGUGAUCUGCAGCACAACAUGAAAAUGGCUGCAGAGGUUCAAAGUACUUUACAACCACUUCAGGAGCAGCUCCAAGAGCAGAACCAAAGGAACGAGGAUCUGGAAAGACAAAGUGCAGAGAGGCAAGCUCACCUAGAACAAAAGAUAACAGAGACAGAGAGUCUUCUUUGUUGUCUUCAAGAGGAACUGCAAGAGCAGAAGCAAAAGAACUCUGAUCUGGUGAAACAGAGGGAAUCGGACUCACAGCAGCAGACUAAGACUCUAACAGAGGAACUGGAGAAUACUCGAGCAGAGAGAGACACACUGUUGUUUGAGAAGGAAAAUGGCUGUCAGCUCUCCUCAGAGAAGGAGAACCUGCUGUGCAGAGUGAUGUCCCUCAGUGAGGAGAGGGAUCAGCUGCAGGAGACACUGCACACACUGAGACAGGAGAAGCAGCAGCUCAGAGCAGAGCUGGAGGACAAGAUAGAGAUGAUGCAGUGUGACUUCCAGCUGCAGCUCUGCUCACAACCACAGUCACUGAAAGAAGAGCAGGAGGACCAGCAACAUCUACAGAUCCAAGAGCUGGAGAAGCAGCUGGAGAAGACUCAGGAGGAGGUCCUACAACUGAGGUCGGAUCUGCAAGAGAAUGUAGAGCAGAUGAUCGAGAACCAGGAUGAGUUGAGGGCAUCCCAGGAGAAGGUCAGAGUUCUCCAGGAUCAAAUGAACAUUUUGAGGAGUCAUGUAUCAGAGCUGGAGAGCAGAACGAGCAGCAGUGGUGAUGCCGAGAGACUCCUGCAGAUACAAGAGCUCCAGAAUCAGAUUAAGACUUUGACUGAGGAGCUUGAGAAUAUGAAAAUGGAGAGAGACCAUCUGCUGUCAGAGAGGACAACCUGCUGCCAGAGCACCCCCUCAGAGAGUGAAGAGACACGAGAGAAGCAGCAACUCGGAGCAGAGCUGGAGGACAAGACGGAGACACUGCAGAGUGAGGUGAAGACUUUAACAGAGAAGCUGCAGUGUAGUGAAACAGAGAGGGAUGAUCUACGCUCUGAGGUGGAAGCCAGCUGUCGGAGCACCUCCUCAGACAAGGAGAAGCUGCUGUGUCUCAGUGAGGAGAGGGAUCAUCUGCAGGAGACACUGAACACUCUGAGACAGGAGAAGCAGCAGCUCAGGGCAGAGCUGGAGGACAAGAUGGAGACACUGCAGAAUGAGAUGGCACAGCUGAACACCUCUUUAAUGACUGUUACUGAGCAGAAGAACCAGCUGGAAGAUGCCUUGCAGCAGAUCAUGGAUACGGCUUCCACGACACAAGAGCAUCUGCAGUCAGUCCAAGAGGAGCUGUUUGAACAGAAGCAGAAGAACGCUGACCUGCAGAGAGUGAGUGAGGAGAAGGAGAGCGCUCUCGUUCAACAGAUAAAGACUUUAGCAGAGAAAAUGGAGAAGAUUGAAGCAGAGCAAAAUGAGGUAUCUGAGGAGAAGGAGAAGCUGCUGUAUCUCAGUGAGGAGAGGGAUCAGCUGCAGGAGACACUGAACACUCUGAGACAGGAGAAGCAGCAACUCAGUGCAGAGCUGGAGGACAAGAUGGAGACACUGCAGAAUGAGGUGAAGACUUUAACAGAGAAACUGCAGUGUAGUGAAACAGAGAGGGAUGAUCUACGCUCUGAGGUGGAAGCCAGCUGUCGGAGCGCCUCCUCAGACAAGGAGAAGCUGCUGUGUCUCAGUGAGGAGAGGGAUCAUCUGCAGGAGACGCUGAACACUCUGAGACAGGAGAAGCAGCAGCUCAGGGCAGAGCUGGAGGACAAGAUGGAGACACUGCAGAAUGAGGUGAAGACUUUAACAGAGAAGCUGCAGUGUAGUGAAACAGAGAGGGAUGAUCUACGCUCUGAGGUGGAAGCCAGCUGUCGGAGCGCCUCCUCAGACAAGGAGAAGCUGCUGUGUCUCAGUGAGGAGAGGGAUCAUCUGCAGGAGACACUGAACACUCUGAGACAGGAGAAGCAGCAGCUCAGGGCAGAGCUGGAGGACAAGUUAGAGACGAUCUCGGCCAUCGAGGAGAACCUGAGCAAGCAGGAUCAGUCUGAAAGAGAGCAAAAGGCCAAUCUGCAGCAGGAAGUGCAGCAGCUUGGAGUGAAAGAGACUCUGUCAUCACGGCUGCAUGACUCUACUGAGCAGCUUCAGGAGUCCUUCAGAGGGUUCAAGAGCUUUAUAGACACUUGUCACUGCUAUAGCACCACGCCCAGGGACAGGGCGCUCAGUGCGCAGGGUUCACUGAAGCAUCUGUCCUCUCUUCCAAAAGCCACUAUGGAUGCCUACACCACGGUCUGUCGACUAGGUCUGCAGACUGUUCACACCCUGGGAAACAUCAUAGUGUGUCUUCAGUGGCACGCCCAGGACUACAGGGAUCUCUUUGAGGAGUUGGUGCAGAAAGACUUGGCUGUUUUUGAGGAGAAGCGUGUGCAGGACGUGCUGCUGUGCAGAGCUCAGGCACCCAGUCUCUCUCUUGGAGAUGAGGACUUCCACUCACUGUGGGGACACAGACUGACUGAGCUGCUGGGCAAGAGGCUGCUCUACAAGCAGAAAAUGGACAACAUUUUGGAGAGGCUGUGGGCCAACAUUCCCCCCUAUCCCACUGAGUUGUCGGCUGAGGUCAGAGCGAGGGAGAGGUUCACGGAGCAGCUGAAGGCCACAUACAGCACCCAAUCUCUCAGUUUCAGUGAGCUGGACACAAUCCUCAACUGUGAACUGGAGCGUAGAGCGGCACUGACACACAACAAAGAGAUGACUCUGCAGAGUAUCAAGGAUGAACAGAGGCGUGUGAUGGAAGAGCUGUCGCUGCUGGUGGCUCACGCUAAUUCUCAGUUGAAAGAGGAGAGAAGCAAAAGCUCCACUCUGCUGCAGGGGCUGGAUGGAGUUCCUCUUAAAGCAGAGCUCUCCCUGCUGAAGGACAACCAGCAGCUUGUUCUUCAGCUCCAGCAGAUGGAAAAAGAAGUCAAAACUCUAAAGGAACAGAAUGUGCAGCUGCAGGAGGCUCAGGUGGAAGCCAACAGCAGAGUGUCCAAACAGAAAGAGGCCACUCAGCUCCUGCAGACAGAGCUGCUGGACAGCCGUGCACACAACCACGAGAAGGAGACGACCAUCCAAACACUCAGGAACAAAUUACAACAACAAGAGAAAAAAACACCACCCAGUGCUGCAGAGCUGGAAAAACUGCAGACUAAAAUGUUUCAAAUGGAGGUAGAGUUGAGUUCAGCAUCUGAUAAACACCAACAAGAGAUCCACAGAAUGAACACAGUGUUGAAAGGAAAGGAAGACUCACUGAGAAAGCUGAAGGAGAUCUUAAGAUCACAACAGCAGGGGGAGGGGUCAUUCCUGAAGGGUGAGGACCUUCACACUAAACUGACCAACCCUAGAGGUUUGGUGAUCAGGAGCAGUUUUCUGCAGGACAAGGCCAAACUGGAGGAGGAAGUGAAACAGCUUAAGUUGAAGAUAACGGAGUUGGAAAGCUUGGUUUCCACUCUGCAUACAGAAAUCGGCAAGUGGAAGAGCAGAGCCAUCAAGCUGAAGGUGAAGAGUAAAGCCGAAGUGGACAGGCCUUCAUCACCCUGCACUCCCACCAAGAGGUGCCUCCCAGUCACCUCAGAGUCCUCCACUUUCCUCGGCUCACCCAAGAAGUUUGUGGUCACUCCCAAGAAGAUACUGGAGUCUUCCAGGAGAGCGAUGGAAUCUCCAAAUGUCACUCUGCCCGACUCCCCUAAAAGCAGAUUCUUUGACGUGUGUGGGAGCUUGGAGCUGCUGUCCACAUCCUGUCCCAAACCGUUCUUUGAUAACUCCAGCCUCGGCACCAUUCCAGAGGCUACCCAAGGUCCAGAUCCUCCAGGUGUAGAGAAGGAUGCAGAUGUUGGUGCAGCCAAAAAGGAGGAGUGGUGGCCUCAGUCUCCAAAACAAGAAGACAUGUGUCAGACACAGUGAACGUGUCUAUGUUGAAAUGGCUUUUAUUUGUUUUAUUCUUUUAGUAAACUUGUAAUAAAGGGUUAAUAUUCU